AAUCAUUUUCACAGUAUUCCUUUUUAUGUUUGAGGGAAAUCCUGCUAGGAACCUUUAAUAUGGAGGAACUGUUUCCCUGCACUUCAUUUCCACUCGGUAGACGUUGCUGUUGUACAAGGCUCUCAGUUGGUAUCGGCACGCCAUUGUGACUGAAGUACUGCACCCUACUUUUCCCUCACACAGUUUUUAAAACAACGACAAAGGGAAACGACGAUGGCUUCGGACUCUUGGGCCCAGGCUGUUGACGAACAGGAAGCGGGAGCAGAAUCAGUAAAUAUUGGAAACCUUCAACUAAAGGAUGCACCUGGAGAAAACGGCAGUACUUUUGGAAAGUCAGAAGCGGGAGAUAAGACUCCAGGAAAGACUACAGAUGAAGAUGACCGUGAAGACAAAGCGGCCCAGUCAUUGUUGAACAAGUUAAUCAGAAGUAAUCUUGUCAACACCACAAAUCAAGUUGAAGUUCUUCAGAAGGAUCCCAACUCUCCACUGUACUCUGUAAAAUCCUUUGAAGAGUUGCGACUUAAACCACAGCUCCUUCAGGGUGUCUAUGGCAUGGGUUUUAACCGGCCCUCCAAAAUCCAGGAGACCGCCUUACCCAUGAUGCUCGCUGAACCUCCACAGAAUCUAAUCGCCCAGUCUCAGUCAGGAACAGGAAAAACCGCUGCCUUUGUGCUUGCCAUGCUCAGCCACGUCAAUCCAGACCACAAAUAUCCCCAGUGCCUGUGUUUGUCACCCACCUAUGAACUGGCGCUUCAGACUGGCAAAGUUAUUGAGCAGAUGGGCAAAAACUACCCUGAAGUCAAACUAGUUUACGCCAUACGAGGAAAUAGGCUGCAGCGAGGCGUGAAGCUUCAGGAACAGAUAAUCAUUGGCACGCCCGGCACCAUGCUGGACUGGUGCAGCAAAUUGAAGUUCAUUGAUCCCGAGAAGAUUCAGGUGUUUGUGCUGGAUGAGGCCGAUGUCAUGAUCGCAACGCAGGGUCACAAAGACCAGAGUAUUCGCAUCCAGAGGAUGCUGCCCAGAAACUGCCAGAUGUUGCUGUUCUCAGCUACGUUUGAGGAGACCGUGUGGGACUUCGCCAGGCGCGUCGUGCCUGACCCAAAUAUCAUCAAAUUGAAAAGAGAGGAGGAGACGCUGGAUACUAUCAAGCAGUACUAUGUGUUGUGCAACAGCAAGGAGGAAAAGUUUGAAGCCCUGUGCAACAUCUAUGGCGCCAUCACCAUAGCCCAGGCUAUGAUUUUCUGCCAUGUGAGGCACUUCCCUUCACCCAGCACUUUCCGAUUGAUAGAUUAUAAAUGGCAUCACAUUUUCCUGAGAAAUGUUCCAGAGUUUAUUAAGAACGUCACAAGACUGGCGUCGCAUAAAUUCAUUAUGUUCCUUGAGUGUCUGGCUGGUAUAUGAACUGGUGACUCUGCUUUCCUUCAUGCGAUCCAGACAAGGAAGACCGCAGGCUGGCUGGCGGGAGAGCUUUCCAAAGAGAACCACCAGGUGGUGCUGCUUAGCGGGGAGAUGCAAGUAGAGCAGAGGGCAGCUGUCAUUGAACGCUUCCGGAAUGGAAAGGAGAAGGUGCUUGUCACCACAAAUGUCUGUGCCAGAGGUGAGGGACCCAUGCAAGAUAAUUAUGAAAUAUGUAGAUAUUUAACAAUUAUUUAGUCUUCCACUUCUCCCUAUCAAUUGCUUUUGUAAUAUUGUUUUAACAUGUAUUCUGACUGUCAACACCCUGUAUGCUAUUAGAGAAGAUACCGUAUGUAUUCUUCAUACAUUGAAAAUAUUAACGUCAAUUUCCCCUAUCACCUCUCGCCUUUUUUUUUCUUUUUUUUCUGUCCACCAGGAAUUGAUGUGGAGCAGGUAUCGGUGGUGAUCAAUUUUGACCUGCCUGUAGACCAGGAGGGUAACCCAGACAACGAGACCUACCUUCAUAGGAUUGGCCGCACGGGUCGGUUCGGCAAAAGGGGGCUGGCCAUCAACAUGGUGGACAGCAGAAUGAGUAUGAACAUUCUCAACAGGAUCCAGGAGCAUUUUAGUAAG